CUCGGAUAUGGCUGGGGACUUACCCUACGGCGGAGAUGGCUGCGAGGGCUCAUGAUGUCGCUGCAUUGGCGUUAAGGGGUCAGUCUGCGUGUCUCAAUUUCGCCGACUCGGUAUGGCGGUUGCCGGUGCCGGCUUCAACGGCUGCGAAGGAUAUAAGGAUGGCGGCUGUCAUGGCUGCAGAAGGGUUUAGACCCAAAGACGAGGCUGAGGUUUGUGGAAGUCAAGGAGGUCCAACUCAAAGUUUAGGAACAAAUUUCCAAUACGAUCAUCAAUAUCCAUUUCCUACAAGUUGUCCAACAAAGCUAAGGCAUGAGACUGUGGAGACAUGUGAUGAAGUUUCUGGAAUCAACAAGAUUACAGCGGAUACGAUGGAGACGAUGAAUGAGGCUGAGAAAGUGGUAUAUCUGGAUCCGGAGGCAUUGUUCGACGUGCAUGGAUUGCUUGUGGACAUGGCAGAAGGGCUCCUACUUUCUCCACCGCCAUGCUUAGGUGGUGAUUUUGGCUCAGAAGAAGUUGAAGAAGAUGCCGAGUUGUCGUUAUGGAGUUACUGACGGGCUACUUCCAUAGUUAUAGUUAAUCGAACAUUUCAAAUUAGACGAGACCUUUACGAUCAUGUUUAGAGGAGGUUAUUAUCAAUUGAUCGCCCUUUUUCCUAAUAUGAAAUGUUCAAUUAACUAUAACUACAAACGGUUAUGAUCACAUUCAGACAAAAUUAUUAUUUAUUGGUGGUCCUCUUCCCCAUUUUUGUUGACCAUAAAAAUCUAGCUAGGACAUUUUUCACAUGUGUUUCUGCAAAUAGGAAGAUUUAC